AGGUACAACCCUGCAAGGACUGAAAUAUCCCCUCUCUCUUCUUCUCACCACUUGCAUGGUUUGUUUUUUUCCCAAGCAGGUUGCUUUCCUUUAAUCACCAAGUUGCUGAUCUUUUUGAAGAAUAUCUGCAGUUUAGAAUCUAUUACAUGAAGAGGAAGGAUCGCUAUUCUAUCGAAGCAAGUCUUAUCAUGCAUCUUACAAAGAUAUGAAGAGGAAAAGGGAACUCUGGAACAGUGUGUUUCCAUUCUUCUGGACAAUGGAUGGUCAUACUGUAUCUUCUACCUUACUGCCAACACUAAAAGCAUCAUAUGGUUCAUCAAUGUCCCUGGAGCAGAAGACAACUUUCGCAUUUGUCAUUUUAUUGUUCAUUAUUUUGGGUGUCCUCAUUGUCAGGUGUUUCAGAAUUCUUCUGGACCCAUACCGUAGCAUGCCAACGUCAACAUGGGCAGAUGGAGUGGAUGGCCUGGAGAAAGGCCAAUUUGAUUAUGCCUUGGCAUAGGAUUCAAAAGGCACAAAGCUUUUGAGGACAUUACCACAAACUGCAUUAGAAGCUUUAACAGUAUGGGAGUAAAUGGAAGCCAGUGUAAAAUAUAAAGCAAAACUACUGCAGUACAAUGCAAUGUAAACCAAGAGAAGUAAAUGGGAUGUGCCCCUGCUAAAAAGUUUUUUUUAUAGCGGAAGUAGACACUUGUAGCCUUUUGAUCCCUGUGUCACAGGGAUUAGUGAAUGUUAGAAAACCUAAUUUAUAAAUAUAAUUUUUGUACCACAAUGUAUGCUUGAUUAUAAAACAAAUGAAUGCGCAUUUAAACUAAAAAAGAGAAAAAUAAGAAGUUUAAUGAGGCGUACACAUA